AGUUGGUGCUGAGGAUAGCUGAAGUUCCUGCCCUAAUCGUAAUCGGCCGAGUGAAUUUGGAUCUCCAGAACACAGAGAGAGAGAAAAUGGCAGGAAGAUUGAGCGGCGUUGCGUCGCGGAUCAUGGGUGGGAACGGCGUUGUUGCCCGAUCUGUCGGUUCUUCUCUUCGCCAGCGCGCCGGCAUGGGUCUCCCCGUCGGCAAACACAUCGUCCCCGACAAGCCGCUUCCGGUUAACGACGAACUCGUUUGGGACAACGGCACAGCAUUUCCCGAACCCUGCGUUGAUCGGAUUGCUGAUACCGUUGGAAAGUAUGAAGCACUGGGAUGGCUGUGUGGAGGUCUAGGGUUCUUUGUCACUCUGGGCCUGGCCGCCGUUUGGAACGAUAAAGCUUCAAAGAUUCCUUUUACUCCGAAAGUUUUCGAUGAGAUUUUUACAAAGAAUAAAGGGGUAUCUCCUGUUCUGUUCUGUGCAAGUAACAAUGGCAAGGUUUGCAGAUGA